UGAAACAAAAAGAGACAAAUGGGCGAUUGAGAGAAGAAAUGGCGAAGAAGAAGGAAGAAGAAGUAGUAGUAGACGUCGAUUGUUCCGAGAAGAAUGAUUUUGUGAUUGAUUGGGAUUCAGCCAUGGACAAGGAACAAGAUGAACUCCCUGAGUUGGAGAUUGUUAACACCAAAUCUCCGCCGCCAACGUUUCUCUCCGACGAUCAGAUUGAUUCUCAGAAAACCCUAACCGAUCGUGACAUCGACGACCAGCUGGACCGUAAUAAAUCGCUUCUUGUCACAUUAGGUCCGAGCUUACCCGACAAGGGUGAGAAAAUCCGCCUCAAAAUCGUCAGCCUCCAGGAGGAGAAGCAGCGUAGGGUUCUACAGCGCUCGCGAAUGGAUGUGGAUAGAAGUUCCAAGCCCAUGCAAUCGACAAGCUCAGGUGUUCUUGGUGGGAAAUGUUCCGAUGUCUUAACCCAAAGGAAUGCAGCCUCAAAUGGCACCUCUAGACAAGGGAAUACAGACUCAAAAGAAACCUCCAGACAAGGGAACACAGACUCAAAAGAAAAUUCUAGACAAGGGAGUGCAGACUCAAAAGAAGUCUCACGGUCAACUUUUGCUGCGGUUUUUAGUAAACCAAAAACAGAUACUCAGUCAAAGAAAGCGUUUGGUAAAGAACUAGAAGAUUUGGGAUGUGAAAGUAGGAAACACAAGGCUGAUAGAAGGCCCGUAACAAGGCUGAGCAACGGGUGGCGGAUGUUGUCAGAUAUAGGGAAAGUUGAGCACGGUGAAUCGCAGCUUAAUUCUGGAUUGAAAGGAUCAAGUGGUAAUCGGAAAUUCAAGGAAGCUUAUGGAAAGAAAAAGCCCAAGGAAUCUUCCACUUAUUCUCUGCUUGAUGAUGAUGAUAACAACCCCAUUGGCCAUGGAACUCCUAGGGAGUGGCAUUGGGAAGAAUAUCCAUCACAGAGUUCAAAGCGCUGCAAGAAAUUAGAUGAUACAGUGAUAAAUGUGGAUGAAGAAGAACAUCAACCUUUAAUGACGGAGGAGCAAGCAGAUGAACUACCUGAAGGCUUAAAGGAAGAAAUAUGCUACCCAUCAAGGGACGAUCCAAACUUUGUUCAAGUUUGUCUUAAAGAUCUUGAAUGCCUUGCGCCUCGAGAAUUUCUAACAUCGCCUGUUAUGAAUUUCUACAUCAGGUUCUUGCAGCAGCAGAUAUCAUCAUCGAAUGAAAUUUCUGCUGAUUGUCAUUUCUUUAAUACCUAUUUCUACAAGAAGCUCAAUGAAGCUGUUGCAUACAAGGGGAAUGACAAGGCUGCCUUUUUUGUGAAGUUCAGGCGGUGGUGGAAGGGGAUCGAUAUAUUCCGUAAAGCUUAUAUUUUUAUACCAAUACAUGAAGAUCUCCAUUGGAGCCUUGUGAUAGUUUGUAUCCCAGAUAAGAAAGAUGAAUCGGGAAUUACUAUACUUCACCUGGAUUCAUUAGGACUUCACUCGAGAAGAUCAAUUGUUGAAAAUGUAAAAAGAUUUCUAAAAGACGAAUGGCAUUAUUUGAAUCAAGAUGAUAAUUCCUCGGAUAUACCAAUCUCUGAAAAAGUAUGGAAAAGCCUCCCCCGUAGGAUCAGCGAAGCUGAUAUUCAGGUUCCUCAACAGAAGAAUGAUUUCGACUGUGGUCCGUUUGUUCUCUUCUUCAUUAAACGGUUCAUUGAAGAGGCACCUCAAAGGUUGAAAAGGAAAGACCUGGGAAUGUUCGACAAGAAGUGGUUUAAACCCGAUGAAGCCUCUGCUCUAAGAAUCAAAAUCCGAAACACACUCAUCGAGCUAUUUUGUGUCAGUGACCAGGCAGACCAAACCAGUACAUAAUGCAGCAUUCAAAGGUGUCACUUGUCAGUGACCAGACAGGCCAAACCAGUACAGAUAAUGCAGCAUCCAAAUCAAGACAUAGCUCACUGCUCUAACAGAGUUCAACUUUUUUGUUGUAUAGACUUUUAGGCAUAAGUACUAUUAUUUGAGUCAAAGUUAAAUUAAAACUUGUGAUGGUUAAAUAAUCUAACUUAUAAUUUAUAAGGGAAAAUGAUCUCUGUUCCC